AUGGCAAGCCAAAAGUGGUACGACGAAGCUUGCUGGAUCUGGGCGCGAGACUACCACGACACGUCUGCCGAAGGCAGGAUAGCACUAUUCAGGCGCCACUUCAAGAUCAAAGACUUACCCGAGUUGCCAACGAUCGUUCGCGUGUCAGCAGAUACGCGCUACUGUCUGUACGUCAAUGGCAUGCGGGUGAGCGUUGGACCCUGCAAGAGCUAUCCAGAACAUUGGUACUUCGAGGUAGUGGACAUCCGGCCAUUCCUCAGGUCUGGUGAGAAUGUGCUUAGCGCCAAAGUAUUGCGCUUCUCAGACAAGCAUCCUGGCAGCAUGUCUUUCAUGCGUACGGCUAGCCCUGGCUUGAUUGUCCACGGCGAAGUCGAGGGCCAGAAGCUUCACACCGGCGUCGGCUGGCUCGCUCAAGUGGACCGAUCCACCACACUGGAGAACCGAAAGGACUGGAACUAUGCGCUGGGUCCGCCUUUCCUCGUGCUUGGCGAGACAGUUGAUGCGAAUGAGCUCGAGGAGGAUUGGCACAUGGUCUCAUCGUCUGCGUGGGCGCCGGCUGUGGUCGUGAGUCCGAAAAGCAUGAUGCUGCCGGUUCUUGACGCAUGGAAUCUCCACGAACGGCCAAUACCGCUCCUGACGGAGACAAAGACUGGACUCAAAAGAGUUAUCCGUUGCUCUGAUCCGGCAGCAUUCGAUGGUUGGUCACAAUUUGCCACAGAAGAUCGGCCCCUUGAAGUUCGUCCGAGCUCUACUAUCUGGGUAGAGUAUGAAGCCGAGGAGUACACCACAGCAUACAUUGCGCUAAAGUGUCACGCAUCAGCCGGUGCCACGAUCCGAUUGCUCUACUCGGAAUGCUACGAACGUCCAAUGUCCCGUCCAGGCCCGGGAGCGCAGCGUGUCAAAGCCAACCGCAGCGAUCAUGUCAACAAAAUGCUGUACGGCUCACACGACACCUACAUCACACGUAACGGUCUGAAUACUUACACCCCAUUCUGGUUCCGAGCGUUUCGCUUCCUACGCCUCGAGAUCACCACGCCAGCGGACAGUCCAGCCCUGAAAUUGAUGUCCUUAGACAUACGCGCGACAUACUAUCCUUUGCGCGUCCACUCCACAAUCAGCACGCCUGAAAAUCCCACACUAGCCGCCCUCUGGGAGACCUCAAUCGCCACUCUCCGUAAUUGCAUGCACGAGACCUACGAGGACUGCCCGUUCUACGAGCAGAACCAAUUCCUCAUGGACUCUCGCUUGCAGAUGCUGUUCACAUACGUGGUUUCACGAGACGAUCGACUGGCGCGGAAGACCAUGCAUGAGUUUCAUGCCAGUCGCUUGUCGACCGGGCUCCUCAGAGCGCAUUUUCCCUCGCCAGGCCGCACAGUGAAUAUUCCCAUGUUCAGCUUGUUCUUCGUAGCUAUGGUGCACGACCACUAUACUUUCUUCGGGGAUCUGGCGUUGGUGAGAGGGUAUCUGGCCACGAUUGAUGGCGUACUGGAGUACUACCAUGGAUUAGUCAGCGAGCGGGGCUUAGUAGGCCGCUUCGAUGAGCAGGAUUGGGCGUUCGUGGACUGGGUGAAAGAGUGGCAGCGACCGGGCGGGCUACAUGGGAUGGGUGUUCCGCCAAGUUAUUCCCAACAGAUGGACAGUGUGGCGACGGUGCAUAGUCUGGUUUACGCUUGGGCGCUCGGGCUAGCGGCAGAGCUCUGCAGUCUCGUCGGCAGGGCUGAUACAGCACGAGAGUACUCACAACGGAAGAUGAGCAUCUCGGACGCAGUGAAGACAUGGUGUUGGAGCGGAGACUUUUUCACGGACUCCUGCUGUCAUUACUCGGCGGUUCCCGAACAUGAAUCGAAUACGUAUUCGCAACAUGCUCAGGUAUGGGCGAUCCUGGCGGGAGCUGUAGACGGAGAGCAGGCAACCGACUUGCUGCGACGAACCAUGUCGGCCGCUAAAAUGCCCCGCUGCUCGUAUGCGAUGACUUUCUAUGUCUUCCGAGCGGCAGCGAUGACGGGUUUAUACGAAGAGCUGUGGCCACAGUUGAUCGCGCCUUGGGAGAAGAUGUUGGCGCAGGAUCUCGUCACGUUUGCGGAGGAUGAUGUUGGGGUGAGAAGCGAUUGUCAUGGUUGGAGCGCUGUGCCUCUGUGGGAGAUCGGGACUGAGAUUUUUGGGAUCGUUCCUGGGGUUCUGUCUGGGAAGGAGGUCGUGAAGCCCAGGGUGAAGAUCUUGGGAGACGGCAAAAGUACGGGAGAGUUUAUUGGAGAUGGUGACGGGCGCAAGAUGCGGGUGAAAGUUGAUUCUGGAGUAGUGAGCGUGGAAAGAGUCAGUGGAGGGGCUAGUACUAGACCUGUCGUUGGGGGCUGGGCGGACAUUGAAGCAUUCCAAUAG